ACCACACAAGUUUCUGCGUGCACAUAUUUUGCAUAUGAAAACUACAUCGCCGGCGAAGAGUUGUUCGAUCGAAGCUCGAGAGAGAGAAAGAGUGCAUUUCUUUGCAUAUCUUGAUUUAUGCACAACUACAAGUUUCUUCCUGUGUUUCAGUUAUUAACUACUUCAUUGCCACGAUGGACAAGAUUGACAUGAGCUUAGAUGACAUCAUCAAGCAGAACAGGAAAGAGAACCGCAAGCUUGCCGUUCAGAAGAAGAAAGCCACCGCCGGCUUAAAGCAACGUCCCUCCGGACCGGCCGGCCAGAAGCGACCCAAGCGACCCGGCCUGGUCAAAGGGGGUCUCCAGGUCAAAGGUCAGCUGAAGCAGUUCCGGGCCAGAAUAGGAGGGAAGAAGAACGUAGGCAAGGGCGCGGCACUGCAGAAGAAAAGAGGCGCGGCCAGGCUUCAACAACAGGGCGGGGCCGUCACAAACAGAGCACCGGCACGAAAGGUGGGCAAACAGCGGUUGCCAGUCAAGAAAACCGCAGGUGCGCAGGUCGUCAAUCGCAACAGGAAGCAACAGCAGCAGGUGCAGCAGCGGGUGCAGCAGGGUAAAGCAGCAAGACAGCAGCAGUUCAACCAACGCAGGGGCAUACAGACAAUACAGCAAGGAGGCGGCAGGAAAAAUGUCCGGUUGAACCGCCAGAACUUUGCCAACACACAGACAAACAGACAGCAGCAAAUCAACAGGCAAGAGACGAACACACAACAGCAGCAGCUCAGCCGCCGACAGAGGCAGAAGAACAAGAGAUUACUCCAGAACCAGCCAGCUCCUAGGGCCAAUCUGGCCAGGCCGCAGCGCCAAAACAACCCACGGUUAAAAGCUCCGAAGGUCAGACAACCGAGAGUCAACACCCAGGGAGUAAACCCCAAACUCCUCACAGUGUCCAUCAGCAAUCCAAGAGCCAUGCAGAAUAGCAAACCAGUGAAGAUCAACAGGAAUAAACCCAAAAUGCAGAUCAGCGGCGGCACGCUCAACGAUCGGUUCGGCCAGUUGCAGCAACCUAGGAAUGUACCCAACACCAACCAGCAGAGAAGACGACGAAACCAGCAGGGGCGGGGCCAAAACAACAGUGGGCGGGGCCAAAACAACAGCGGGCGGACGGUACUCCUCGUUUGAAACGGACAAUUUCAUAGUACAAUUGCUGCUGUUAUGAUUUUAAAGACUGGUUUUAAUAAAUUAAGUCGAGUUGAAAAAUCUAAUUUGACAUUUUUCAUCUCAGUAAAACAGGCCCAUUUCUCCCCCUUUACUUCACAUUGUUAAACACUGGAAAGCCGUUACUUUUUCUUUUGCAAGAACUACACAAUUUUGAAGAAGCGAUGAAAUAAUGUGACAUUCCAAUUGGUCUGAUUUGCAUUUGAAACUACUGCAAUUUUCUCCUUUCUUUACGUUCAUUCGAUAAAGGCCUUGAAAUAAAAUAACUUGUAAAUAUAUUUGUGGGGAUUUCUGGUUUUCAUUUCCGUUGUAAGUAUUUUGCAAAGUGGAACAAAGAAAUUGACUGGAGCGGGGUUUGAACCCGCGACCUCCGGAUUACCGUUCUAAUUUCCCGGGUUUGCAGCAUUGUUAACAUUGCUAGCAUCUUGGCUUUGGGCGUGAUCCCUGGCUGCGUGGCAUAUACGGGUUUAUGGCUUCUGACUAGCGCCCCUUGAACAAAGACAUUGACAAAUUGGGGAAUUGCCAACAUAGGGCUGGGUAGCUCGGUUGGUAUAUCACAGGAACGGUAAUCCGCAGGUUGCAGGUUCAAACCCCGCUCCAGUCAAUUUCUUUGUUCAAUUUUGAAAAUUAUAAACCAACCUAGUCAGUUUUCUGUAAGUACUUAAAAGGUGUUUCUGAGUAUUAUUUUCAGUGUGGGUCUUUGAAGAAGACGCUAAAAUUUCUUUGAAAUUAAAAUGAAACAAAAUCUUUACAAACUGUUGGAAAGCUUUCUUCAUUCUUGAAACUCUGUGAUGUAAGAAAUAAAUGCUUGAAAAAAAAUGUAAAAGUAGUUUAAAAAAAUCUAUUUUUAGUGUGAUCUAGUCUUCCAAAACAGUUUUCACUAACUUGUAUCGUUUAUGUGUGUACAAAUAUCAGGGAAACUCAAAAGAAGGAUAUCUAUGUUACAUAUGUGCUUAUUGUGCGAGAAUGUUAUCAGUUAUUUUCCAAAUUCUCACAACGUGUUAAAAUGUAGAGUUUUCCAAGCAAAGCACGUGUCAUGAAUAUCCAUUUUUGUUUUAAGUCUGAAAGUGAACAGUAGUUCCAGUGACAAAUUUGAUGAAUUUUUUCCUUUUUUUGUGUGCUUACAAUCACUGAAUCUGUUUGCAUUAUUAAUUAAAAUAUGUCUUUGUUUUAAUAAUGUAUUAAUCGACUGCACGUAUUGUGUUAAGAUUGUACUGUAUUCUCUUGUGAUAGGGUGUGCACUUUCCUUUCCCUUUAUUUUUAAGAAUAGAAUUAUUAAUUUAUAGUUUACAUGGAGAUUACCGUAAACAAUUACAAAAGUGUGACUUUUUAUCAUCAGUUUUCAAUUGACUGGUACUGGUGAAUUUUCUUAAACUUUCAAAUCAUCAAGGUCACGGUAUUCUACUCAAUAUUUGUGUUUUUAAAAAGGUCAAACUGAUCUAACUCCGUGUGUCUCUGUGUUGCAAGGUUUAUUUUCUGGUCGGUUAGUACAUGUAUACAGUCUUUUUGUAAGAUAUUUCAAAUUUUGGAUGCAUUGUAAUAAAGUGAGUGAAAUUUAGUAGUACUACUUGAAGUA